ACUUCACAAAUAGCUGGUUAUUCAGCCAGAGAUAAUGCUUCUCUUUCUGGAAUGCAGCAACAUGAAAGGCUGACACUUCUGCAUGGCCCAGAAUAAGCUUCUUCUCUGUUUGUUAAAGAAAUAAUAAUAUCUGCAUGCUAAGACAUGUUCUUAAACAUUCUUUGCAUGGAAGAAUGGAGGAGUUUGGAGAUUUAUUGAGGGGAGAUGGUUUUUAGAGUGUUGGGGAUGUUUUUUCCCUCCUUAAAUGUUCCAGUUAAGAAAAAGAAUUAACUUUUCUUUUUCCUAGUUUGUCACCAAAUGAAAUGGAUGAAGAACAGCCUUGCAAUCAAAACUUGGAAGAAGAAGUAAGAAAACGUCAGAAUUCAAGUCAAGGUUCUCGAGGCAGCAAUUCUUCCAGGACAUCUAGAAAAAGCUUCAGAUUGGAUUAUCGGUUGGAGGAAGAUGUAACAAAAUCAAAGAAAGGUAAAGAUGGGAGGUUUAUCAACCCCUGGCCAACAUGGAAAUCACCAUCCUUCCCAAAUAUUUUGAAGUGGGCUCUUACAGAAAAAGACAACAGCAAAGUCCCAUCUUCAAAACAGGACCUUGAGAGAGAGCUUCCGGUGUUAACACCUUAUUUUGUCCAAAACCCUGAACUAGUUGGAAGAACUGGAGCUGGUAUGCGAGUAACUUGGCUUGGACAUGCAUCGCUGAUGGUGGAAAUGGAUGAACUUACAUUUAUUACCGAUCCCAUCUUCAGCCAGCGGGCUUCCCCAGUACAGUUUGCAGGUCCUAAACGUUUCCGAGGUCCUCCAUGUACAGUUGAUGAACUGCCCAAAAUAGACGCGGUGUUGAUCAGCCAUACCCAUUAUGAUCAUUUGGACUAUCACACUGUAAUAAGUUUAAAUGCACGCUUUGGCAGUGAAUUGAGAUGGUUUGUGCCGCUGGGACUUUUAGACUGGAUGCAGAAAUAUGGUUGUGAGAAUGUAAUUGAACUGGACUGGUGGGGAGAAAACUGUGUUCCUGGUCAUGAUGCAGUUACAUUCGUUUUUACUCCUACUCAACACUGGUCCAAAAGGACUACAACAGAUGACAACAAAGUUCUGUGGGGAAGCUGGUCUGUUCUGGGACCCUGGAACCGUUUUUUUUUUGCUGGAGAUACUGGUUAUUGUGUUGCCUUUGAGGAAAUAGGAAAGCGAUUUGGACCUUUUGAUCUUGCAGCGAUUCCCAUUGGAGCAUAUGAACCAAGGUGGUUUAUGAAAUACCAACACGUGGAUCCUGAAGAAGCAGUAAGGAUUCACAUUGAUGUACAAGCAAAGAAGUCUGUGGGAAUUCACUGGGGAACGUUUGCUUUAGCAAAUGAGUUCUACUUAGAUCCACCUGCUAAACUGAAGGAAGCUCUUGACAGAUAUGGAUUGCAAAUGGAAGAUUUCUUUGUUUUGAACCAUGGAGAAUCACGAGAUUUGAAUAUUAAUGAUGAUGGAUUUGAAUAGAAACAGAAAAAACAAUUUCUUAUUAACCAUAUCUGGGGGGAAAAAAUAAGAGUGAACAUUUUUUGUAAAAAAAAAUUAAACAGGAUUUUGAAGAUUUCAUGUGUGUUUAAUUGUAACAAUCUCUUAAAAUCUUGCAUACCAACUUUAUAACGUGAUUUUUCAUGAAUGAAACAACAGUGGAGAGCAUUAAGUGAGCUACAAGUAUCUUUAAGUAAACAGUGAAAUAAAAAUUCCACUUUUUACAAUUGUUAAUUUGCUCUGGAGCAGUAUCGGUAUAAGAUACCUGCUGAGAAUUAAUUCCCACCCAGAAUACCUAACAGCAUGUGAUGUGUUCAGUGCUUGGCAGAUGCCUCUUUCAUCACUGAAUAGUUAAGUGUCCCAGGACUCCAGUUCAAAAAUGACUUACUGGGCCAGUACUGCAGGAACUUCCUUGGAAAAGAAGACAAGUAUCUGAAUGUGUGUAUACAAUGGUUUCUGCAUGCAUUUCAUUCUGACCUUUUGGAGCAAUUGAGCAAAAUGUUCCUUGAAAACAGCCUGGUUUGCAUGUGCAGAUGAAUGUAAACUUUAGUCCAGCCACUAUUAUGCAGAUUGACUGACUGUAUACAGAUAGUGUUUAUGGGACCUCCUGUCUGAUGUAGGUAUGUGUGGUGAUGAUAGGAACUGAAGAAUCCUUUAAUCCUCUCCCACCCAUUAUCUAAUCAAGAGCUGGAAGAAAGAUAUUUGUGAACAUACCGGCAUAAAAAUAUAAGGCUACCCAAAAGGGUACCUUUGUAUUCAUAACUAGGUGUUGGACUUACACCUGAAUUGAAAAUGUUUCCUGGCAUGCUAAGUCCCGCUGAAAUCUGAAUUUUUGGUUAGCUGUGAUUAUGAUCAGAGCCUUCACUCAGGAGCCAUUAUUUUGUAAAGCACCACAGUCCCAUUCUAUGCUUGUUUAUUCAGACAUGAAGCCUACCUAAAAAGACAGGCUCAAGGGCAUUUAGGGUUGCUGAUUUAGCCAUGAUCAUUUGAACACACGUUCCUACAGCUUGGGUGGUUUUAAAAUACUAUUACCACAACAAUAUUUUUAAAGUUUUACAACUGAUAUAGUAGUUCUGGAAUCGAUGUUUUGAACCCUGCAGCCUUAAUGGGCCAAGGACUAUUCACACCGUCUCCCUUGAGCAAAUUACUCACCCAGAGGGUGUGCCUGGUGCCUUCAGAGCUGUUGAAUUAUAGGAUUUGAAAUGAGUCUUCCAACACAGUUGCUGGUAAAGCACAUAAAAAAAAAAAUUUUUUACUGAAAGCUUAUGUUUAUUUGCAAACACAGAAGCCACGUUUUGAAAUUAUCUAAGAAAUGUGCCUUUUAAAAGAGUUCUAAUACUAAAAAUGCCUACUAUUUAUUGUGCUGCUGGCCAAAAUACCUAUUUGCAUUGUGCUGUCACUGUGAGUUGCUCAUUAUAAUCUAAAGCCUUUUAUUAUUUGAGAAUAUGAUUGGCGAAUGUAACGAAGCAUCGGCUUCUCUGAAAUCUUUAUUCAGCUUAUUUUGUUUGUGCCUCUUUCCUUAGGGCAACUGUGAAGUCCUAAACAAAUAAUUUUAGCAAAAUGAUGAGGAAAUUCAUGUGCAGAUUCCUCACAAAACUGAAAUCACUGAUGAUUAUGAAUUUGUUCAGCAUUAAAAAUAUGACCAAAUAUUUCUGUGUUAAGCUGCUACACUGAAAAUAAAUUCUUGCCCAAAAAUGUU